AUGGCUGGAGGUUCCAUGAAGAACGGAAGGAAAAGGAAGGCAGCCAAGAAGGUCAGAGGUAAAGGGACCAUCUCCAUUGAGUGCGAAUGUCCACUGAAUCUUCUUCCUCGCGAUAUAUGGGUCAGGAUUGCCACAAGGGUUGCGUUGUAUUCGAUUAAGGAUUUGUUCAACAUGCAAGUUAGUUGCAAGGUGUUUCUGGGUGCAGCGAGGUCCGAAGCUGUUUACAAGGAGGCGUCGAUGAUGGAGUUGCCGAUUGUGUUCUUUUUAGACAACUAUGACCUACCUAAACACAGGUUCAUAGAACGAUGCCUUGAGGCAGGAAAUUCGGGUGCCAUGCUCCGGGCGGAGAUGACUGAAUUCAGUUUGUUUGGUGACUGCGUUAGUAUAACUGGGGACGAGUUGGAGGGCUGUUACAUGUGUGCGAUGCUGCUACUGUCUAUUGCCAAUGAAGACGAAGUGCUCGUGCGAAAGGGACUUAAAUUUUUUGAGAUUGUACGUGCUUCUGGGGCGCUCGAAAGGUGCAGAGGUGUCUUCAGUCACUUAUUCGCGGGUCCCGAGUUGGAACUUAAGCCGUUCUAUACUGGACUGCCCGAGGUUUGUCGGUCAACCAGUUGCCGCACCAGAGGCACCAUGGGUGAUGUGGAAGAUUUGUCCCAGGUCUCCUGUGUGCAGUGUUUGGCCGAUUACGAGGUUCGGGUGUUCCUGGAUUUGUUUGCAUUCGAAUAA